AUGCUCACUUCACUCGACGACAUCGAUUUGAAUGCUCUGAAAGAUCCGGCUGGAAUUUUCGAGUUGAUUGAAGUUGUCGGUAAUGGAACCUAUGGACAAGUAUACAAGGGAAGACACACCAAAACUGGACAGCUGGCUGCCAUCAAAGUUAUGGACGUCACGGAAGAUGAAGAAGAGGAGAUAAAACUUGAAAUUAAUGUCCUUAAAAAG